AUGGAAGGAUUUGAUUGCCUUGUGAUUGGUCCUGGUCUGGGAAGGGAUCCAUUUCUCCUGGAAUGUGUGGGUAAAACCAUGCUUCUAGCUAGAAAUUUCAAUGCUCCUUUUGUUGUAGAUGGGGACGGGCGGUUUCUUGUAACAAACUCCAUUGAUCUUGUCAACAGCUAUCCGCUUGCUGUCUUGACUCCAAAUGUGAAUGAGUAUAAGCGUCUUGGUCAGAAAGUGCUGAAUUGUAAAGUAGAUGAGCAUCAUGCUGAAGAUCAACUACACUCUUUGGCCAAGCAGAUUGGUGGUGUAACGAUUCUGAGGAAAGGCAUAUCUGAUCUUAUAAGCAAUGGGGAGAUAGUAAAGUCAGUGAGCAUAUAUGGUUCGCCAAGACGAUGUGGUGGACAAGGUGAUACCCUCUCUGGGAGUGUUUAUGUCAUGAGCGCAACAGCUUAUAUCAGGUCAUGA